AUGGAUAAGAAGAUAGUGCGCAAAGGGCCGCUGCCUGGGGGUCGCCGGGGCGCGUCUGGAGCUUGCGCUGGACGCGGCAGCAUGCGGGCCGCCAGCCGAGCACGAGGAGCUGCACGGUCACCUAGCAGCCCUCCACAUCCAUCAUCCCCACCAGAAGGCUUGGUGUCGGCUGGGUCUUCUCGGACUCAGCAAGCGGCACCCGCCGCUGGUGGAGCACGUCGCAUGCAUUGGUCACAAGCAAUGAAUGCAAACGCACUGCGGGCGUACUUUAGGGCAAAAGGGGAAGAAACUGGAUGUUUGGCGUAUCGGGCUAGGAUGCAUCGUCUUUUUGCUGAGCUGGAGCCAUCUUUAACCGUCACAGAGCAAAACCUGGCAGACCGAGUUCGGUAUAUCUUGCGCUCAAAUAUAUUUGAUGUCGCCGAACUCGAACGGCUACGACGUGAGGCUGUUCCCUCGUCGGAUGAGAAAGCUACGACUGAGGAUGCGGCGCCACAAAUGGUAGAGCAACCCGCAAACGUGGAUGCCGCCGUGAAUACCCCAGUUGUGGUUGAUUCAAACGAUGAUGGAACAGUCGCCCAGGAACUGGAAUUAGAGCAUAUGAAGAGUACAUUGGAAGAGGCGAUUGUGGAAACGCGCAGUACACCUCUCGAAAAUCGACCGCGACUUCCCCGCAUAGCCCUAAGCAAGCGGAAUCGGGCUGUCGUGAGGGCUCUGAACCCAAUGCUGGUGACCUAUUUGGAAGCCAGCCGGGACCUUUGCGAGACGGACUCAAUUCUUUUUGGCGCCACGCUGGCAGUCUGCCGUAUCAUAGGUGCCAAGGUUUCCACGGCUGGACGCGCUACUGGCCAUAGUAGCGCUAUCCCAGCAUGGAGAAGAAGAAUUGAGGAACGUAUCGCAAAGGCUAGAGCUUUCAUUGGCAGACUGAUAUGCUUCAGAUCAGGCAACAACAGGCCCUGA